AUGUUGUUUGUAGUCGACUUUGACGAGACCAUCACGGCCCACGAUACGAUUUCUUGCUUGGCAAAUGCUGCCAACAAACCUGAUGUAUGGAAAUUUUUGGCAAAUUCGUAUUGGGAGGAAUACAUGGCUUGGAAGUCUGGUUUGCCAAAACUUACUACGCUGUCCUCACAUCUCAACUUGUUACAGGCAGGUGGGUUCGCUGAAACUGCCAGUCUGCAAAGAGUUCAAUCUUAUAAAUUCUUCCAGGGGUUAUCCAUGGAGCAAUUGGAUGCAGUUGCUUCGUCCAUUACGCUACGAGAUGGAUUCGACAAGUUCUUGCAAUCGUUAAUGCCGCGGCUACGAGACCGUUCUGACGAAUUUCAUAUUCUAUCUAUCAAUUGGUCGAGCCGUGUUAUCCAAAAUACUUUACGUCGAAUUCCCGGAAUCGAUGUGGGACUUGUUACCAUUCACUCUAACGAUUUGGAAGUGGACCCUACAACCCGGCUUACCACAGGCAAUAUCGUGCCAUAUCACACAACGACUUUAGUUAUGACGGCCGAUGACAAAACCCGCGAGUUUAUGGCUAUUGUACAGCAAGCAUCGUCCGCUUCUUCCCAUCCCCAUACCACUGUCUAUAUAGGUGAUUCUAGCACUGACUUUGGUUGCUUUGUUCAGGCCACAAUCGGUAUCUUGUUUCUUGCAAACGAACAAAGUAAAUUGACCCUGGAAUCAUUUACUGAUGUGACUCUUUUAAAUAUCGAUCCUUCUUUCCCCAACUUCAACCUGAACGAAUCGUCCCAGCUCCAUCCUAUCCCUCGCAGUCAAUCCCGACCUUCCAAAGUACUAAAUACUUUUAAUACGACAAUCUACACUUGUGAUCAAUGGUCCAUUCUUGCUCAAGUCUUUUGGCGCUGA